AUGAAACUUGACUUCACAGGAAGCAGAUGGAGAAACUGCUUCAUCCAGCCAAGGACGAAGCUAAACGUUAAGUAUUUGUUUUCUUCGGCUCAAGGACUGAUAUGUGACCGUGCACUCUGUGAUCCAGCUCCGAGCAUUAUAGGCAGUGAUGCGGAUCGGAGACUCGAGGAAGAAAAAAAGGCUAUGAAGAAGCUUGAGAUGCUAAUGGCCGAAGUCCGAGCCAAAACUCGUGCCAAAUUGGAGGCGCAAGCCGUUUCCGAUCUACUUUCACCCGAGAAUACUACGAAGCAGUUCUUUAAUGAUCCGGACUUGGCGGUACCACUGCGAGAGCUCAAAGUGUUCCCUCGAGGAGGGGGAUACAUGACUAAACCGCUCUCACCGGACUUUCCUCUCGAUUAUACCCGUGACUGCGAUCCAGAAGUGAUGAAGAAACGUUUCCUGGAAUCUCAGCUUCGAAACAGUUUGGGAUUGCCUCCGAAUUCAUCGUUGAUUGCGAAUGGACAGUACGACGCUUCUGGCAACUGCUGCAUCUGCUUUCGUCUCGUCGUGGAUCCCAUUCGCCUGGAAUGCAACCAUGCGUUUUGCGAGCAGUGUGUUCUCAGGAUCCUCCAGGGUGCCCCGAGUGACGAGUGCCCGAUUUGCAGCUGGAACGCAGAGACUCAAACCUACAACAGGAUGAUACACAAGGAAGAGAUGGAAUCGUGGCUGCCUCCGCCCCAGCACCAGCAGCCGAUCUGGUGAUCUAAGGCAAGGUUCUUCCAAACUCUCAGCACAUUUUACCAACUUACUGGCGAGCGAAAGCAUUUUGGAGAGAGAUCUCUCAAAACGUUACAGGAACCAAUUACUCAUCACUCACUCCAGUGACAGCACAUACGAGAAGAGAAAUCUAAACGAAAGUUAUAUAUAGAUCGACCUCUACUUCUGCGUGAUAUAAUUUGCACCGUGCCAUCACGCCUCCAAGUGAAGAACAGGAAGAACAUCGUGAUCGUCAAAUUCUUCCAAAGAAAACUACCACGACCAAUCUAAACAAAUUUCUAUCGUUC